UGGCGGCAAAUGGUAGUGUUAUUUGGCUUGUAUUGUAAAAUUAAAUUAAAAUGUCGAUUAAAGUAGAAAAUAAUCUGAAGGAAAGGAAAGACGAUAAAAUAUUUGAACAAAAAGCGCAUUACAUACCUUGUCAGGUCGAAGAGGAUGGUCCGGCGAAUGUUAGCGAAUAUUUUGAACCUUACGUUGUUGAUAAUGGGAAUGGAGAAUUAUCAGCGACAUUCCGGGGGCAUCCAAUGGAUGGAGUAAAAAUGUCUUUGCCAGACGGAUACAGAGCUGUCAUCGUUGAGGAGGGAAAGAGACCCUUGUCUGAGGAUGCUGAGAGGAAAUUUCAAGUCAGUGGGGGGUUCAAGGAAAUAAUUUACUGGAAUUGGGAUAAAAAGCCCUCGAGGAAUGACAAUCUAGCUAAAUCAUUGGUUUGGAUGGAUAUUGCUGAAGCAAUUCACGGUGACUAAUAUAAUGGAAGAUAAAGAUAACUUUACAAUACA